AUGAUGGCGACCAGUUCUAAGCAAGGAAAAUUGUCACUUGAAGUGAUCGCAAAAAUUCAUGACUUACCACAAAUCGAUACUAUAUUCGUUUUUUGUCUAAAACCGGAAAAAUAUCAAACUCUCUACGAUAAAUAUGGAAAAUUGGUAGGUAUUUAUAAUAAACAAGCAGAUGUCGUACAAUCCAUUCGUGACAAUAUUGAAUCUGUUAGAAAACAAUCCGAAGUAUUUAGUUUAUUCAAUCAAAACGAGACUUCCUUGCGUGACUUAUCGAAAGAUUCAGCAUCGUUCAUGUAUUUUCAACUUAUCAAACAGGUCCUGUUACAAAUGCCUCAUACUGAACUAGCAAAAGAACAAAUGAUCCAUAAUUGUCGACUUUAUUAUCGAGGAAAUAAAAGCGAAAUGUUCAAUAUCGAUCAGUUUGAGUCUACUUACACGUCGAACAAUGCAAUUCAAUGGUACACAAAACAAUGCUUUAUCUACAAGCUUGUCAAUAAGACAUUGAGAACAGAAGACGUCGAGGCGUUUUAUACACUACGAUUUUACAUUAUUGAUCUAUGCGCCCAAUUAAUGCAAGAAUUCAGUAGAAAACCACGAGAGACUUCGAACUUGAAACUCUACCGAGGCUUGAAGCAAUCGCAUGACGAAAUAAAAAAGUUAAAAGACAAUAUCGGCAAUUUCGUCUCAACCAACGGAUUUCUUUCGACAAUUCGUUCAUAUAACAUCGCUUUUGAAUUUGCCAAAAAGCCAUCGAAACGAACUGAUGUUGAACCAGUUCUCAUAGAAAUCUCUAUGAACAUAGAGCAUCCAGAUGAUUCGGUUGUAUACGCCGACAUAGCAAACUACAGUCAGUUUCCAAAAGAAGAAGAAGUCUUAUUCGAUUUAGGCGUGGCGUUUCAAAUUGAUGCAGUUGAGUACAGUGACGUUGAUAAAUUAUGGCACGUACGUAUGAGUCUGACGGAUAAGCACACGGAAGUGGUUGCAAACUAUUUAAAACUUCGAGAAAAAGAAAUUCGAAGGACAAACGUUAUUAUAACGUUUGGUAAACUAUUAAUUGAAAUGGGUCAAUAUUCAAAAUCACAAAAAUAUUUUGAAAACUUACUAUGCAUUGAACCAAAUCAUGAUCAUCUAGCUGAUAUUUAUUUUAAUAUAGCUCGUAGCUACGACAAUAAAGCGGAGUACACGGAAGGUAUAGACAUGUAUACACGUGCGUAUGAGAUGUACAAGAAUGCUAAACCACCUCAAGUGUUACCAGCUGCAAAAGCACUGAGUGCUAUUGGAAGUAUCUGUCGCGACCAAGGUAAUUACGAACAAGCAUUAGAUUGUUACAGGAAAGUUUUAAACAUGUUUGACGAGCAAACGACGAGUUUAUCUGAAAAGGAAGUGAUUGCACGAUGUCUACAUAGUAUCGGACGCAUUUGUCAAGAAAAGGGUGAUAAUUUAUAUGCUCUAGAGUAUUAUUUACUAGAGUAUUAUCGACGUGCAUUACACAUAUUCGAAAAAACUCUACCCGGCGAACACCAAAAUAUUGCUCGUACGUUGAAUGGAAUUGGCGCAGUCUAUCGAGAGCAAGGCAAUAGCGUCGAAGCAUUGAAAUAUCACGAACGAGCAUUGAAAAUAUAUCGAAAAUCAUUACCAGAGUAUCAUUCGAUGACCGCAAGAACACUUGAUUACAUAUCACAAGCAUAUGCAAGCCACGGCGAUUCUAAGCUAGAAUUAGAGUAUGCAGUGCAAGCUAUGGAUAUAUUCGAAAAAGCAUUACCACAAACUCACUCAGAUGUAUUGAAAAGCCAGCAGAAAGUAGCAAAUCUAACAUAA